AUGUUUGAGGGCCAUCGUAUGUUUGAUAUGACUCCCAAAAGUUCUGAAAAUGACUUGAGCAAGCUCAACGAUGAUGACUACGAUACCAAAUCGGGCACCGAAACUACGGAAGCUCCCUCCGGUGAUGAUCAAGAUCCCAGCGGCCAACGCCCCAAAAAGAAGCGUUAUCAUCGCCAUACACAGCAUCAAAUCCAAGAAAUGGAAGCUUUUUUCAAGGAAUGCCCUCAUCCGGACGACAAGCAACGGAAGGAGAUCAGCCGUGAGCUAGGGUUAGAGCCAUUGCAAGUCAAAUUUUGGUUCCAAAACAAGCGAACUCAAAUGAAGGCUCAAAAUGAACGCAGUGAGAAUUCAAUUCUCAAGGCUGAGAAUGAAAAACUUCGUGCGGAGAACAAUAGGUACAAGGAAGCCCUAAGUAGUGCCUCAUGCCCUAACUGUGGUGGUCCAGCUGCUCUUGGUGAGAUGUCUUUUGAUGAGCAGCAUUUGAGGAUUGAGAAUGCUCGUCUAAGAGAAGAGAUUGACAGGAUAUCUGGAAUUGCUGCCAAGUAUGUUGGCAAGCCUUUGUCUUCUCUUUCCAACCUUUCUCCUCAUUUACCAUCCCGGUCUCUUGAUCUGGGAGUUAGCAAUUUUAGUGCACAUUCGGGCUUCGUAGGGGAGAUGUUUGGAGCUAGUGAACUUCUAAGAUCAGUCACUGGACCGACCGAGGCAGACAAACCAAUGAUCGUUGAACUCGCUGUUGCGGCAAUGGAGGAACUAACGAGAAUGGCUCAGGCUGGAGAACCCUUAUGGAUUCAAGGAGAGAACAACACUGAACUGCUCAAUGAAGAGGAAUAUUUGAGAACUUUUACUAGGGGAAUUGGACCAAAACCCUUGGGAAUGAGAUCUGAGGCUUCAAGGGAAUCUGCAGUUGUUAUCAUGAGUCACGUUAAUCUUGUUGAGAUUCUCAUGGAUGCGAAUCAAUGGUCAACUAUUUUCUGUGGUAUAGUAUCAAGAGCAAUGACCCUGGAAGUCCUAUCAACAGGGGUGGCAGGGAACUAUAAUGGAGCAUUGCAAGUGAUGACAGCUGAAUUCCAAGUCCCGUCUCCACUCGUUCCUACACGGGAAAAUUACUUUGUGAGGUACUGUAAACAGCAUCCCGAUGGGAUUUGGGCAGUGGUAGAUGUUUCCUUGGAAAGUUUACGCCCUAGUCCAAUGUCGAAAUGUAGAAGAAGGCCAUCAGGUUGCUUGAUCCAAGAAUUGCCAAAUGGUUAUUCCAAGGUCGUCUGGGUUGAACACAUUGAAGUGGAUGAUAGAUCUGUUCACAAUAUAUACAGACCACUAGUUAACUGUGGUCUUGCUUUCGGAGCAAAACGUUGGGUGGGAACAUUAGAUCGACAAUGCGAACGUCUUGCAAGUUCGAUGGCCAUUAACAUUCCAACUGGAGAUCUCUGUGUGAUAACAACCCCCGAAGGGAGGAAAAGUAUGCUGAAGCUAGCUGAGAGAAUGGUGAUGAGCUUUUGCACUGGUGUUGGUGCUUCUACUGCACAUGCAUGGACAACAUUGUCAGCAACUAGUUCUGAUGAUGUGAGAGUAAUGACUAGAAAGAGCAUGGAUGAUCCAGGCAGGCCUCCUGGUAUUGUGCUUAGUGCUGCGACUUCCUUCUGGAUUCCAGUUCCAUCCAAGAGGGUGUUUAAUUUCCUUAAAGAUGAGAACCAUCGAAGUGAGUGGGAUAUCCUUUCGAAUGGCGGCCAAGUUCAAGAAAUGGCUCAUAUUGCUAAUGGCCGCGAUCCCGGAAACUGUGUCUCUUUACUCCGUGUCAAUAGUACCAACUCAAGCCAGAGCAACAUGCUGAUAUUACAAGAGAGCUGCACUGAUUCUACAGGAUCAUAUGUCAUUUAUGCACCAGUGGACAUUUCGGCCAUGAAUGUAGUCCUAAGUGGUGGAGACCCAGAUUAUGUUGCACUGCUUCCAUCAGGUUUUGCUAUACUCCCUGAUGGACCAGGAUAUGGCCCUGCCGGAAUCAUUGAUGUCGGUUCCGGUGGCUCUCUACUGACUGUUGCAUUUCAGAUAUUAGUUGAUUCAAUCCCAACAGCCAAGCUUUCGCUCGGAUCAGUAGCAACUGUAAACAGUCUAAUUAAGUGCACAGUUGAAAGGAUUAAGGCUGCAGUAAUGUGUGACAAUGCCUGA